CUAAUUUUCUCCUUCUCUUAUUUAUACACAAAGCCAGACAAACGCACCCAAUCGCUUUAUUUCCUUGUCUCUCUUCCUUCUCCCAAACACAAAUAUUUUUUUAAUCUUUUGUAAGUAUAAUUCUAAUUAUUUUCUCUCAGAUUUUCAUCCAGAAAAAAAAAAUCGAGGUUAGGGACUCGGUAUUUCAUUCGUGCCCCACAUCUUGAGUUUGCCCUUAAGCAUAAACACUAAUAAGUAAGCCGGUUUUGGAACAAUAGCCCGUCUAAAUCUGAAGGAAAGCUUUGGUCGACCGGGCAACUGAAGGAAAGAUUUCUGUGUCUUCUUAUUAGGAUCAUGUGCACUCAUUUUAGAGUGUUAUAAGCCUGCCUUCAUACGAAGAGCAAAUAAAUGGUAUUAGAGCUACUACUCCAAUUUGCAGAAUUCUUAGAUCGGGAUUCAAUUUGACAUAUGGGUUUCUGUGCUCCACUGACUGGAGAUUGCAUUGAAAAUGUUAAAAAACACUAAUGAUUAUAGUCAUUCCAUUAUCAUAAAUCUAUCAUGUUUGACAUUCUGUGUUGGCAUGCUAGAUGCUUGGUGUAGAGUGUCACAGGUGGUUUAGGGAGUGACAAGAAGAUUAAGGAAUUGAGAAUUGUAUCUUUUUUCAUAUCUUGUGGUAUGCAGUUCUAAGUAUAUGUAAUGACCUAAGAAUCCCUAAGAACCCUGGGGGUAUCUCCAUUACAGUUCUGAUAGUCACCCUAUCUACAGUUUCUGCUGAAAGGCUGAUUUACAGUGUAGGACAUGAUGAUGGCUUUGCUGAAUGUUGAGCUUUGUACUAUCAGCCGGACAACCAUUGAAAGGUGCUAUUUCUGGAGACUUGUUUGGUGGUGCUAAUUGAUGUCAUAUGGCCUCUUAAGGUGAAAAUUUGGAUGCUUAGAUGAUGACCAUAGCCAAGUAGUUGGGAUUAUCUUUUGCUGCUUAUGGUGGAUGUCAUUAAACCUAAAUGGUUUGAAAAAAUUUAGGUGUUGAAAACUUGAAAUCUUGCUUGUGGAGACUAGAUGCCUGUGUGGAGGACAAUUAUGCUAACAGUAUUGGGGCUCCAGGGAUUAUAUAAAGGCCUGAUGGUGUCAGGUUCACAUGUUUUAUUGAGGUGGAGGGAAGUCUUUUGACAGGAGAGCUGAAUGAUUAUAAAGUUCUGGUUAAACUAAAUGUGCAGCUGAUAUGGUCGAUCCACUUCUCCAUGUCAAAGGGAACCACUGGUGUUGGGUUUUGUGAGAUUUUCCUAAUUUGUUGGGUAAUAGGUUCCUUUUGAUUUGUAUUACUAAAGCUUCAUGGUGAACCAUUCCGCGAUUGUGAAAUAUGCUCAUAAAUUGAUGGCAGAUUUCUUUUUUCAGAAGUACAUUGUGAGGCACAAUAAUGUUCCUAAGAGAUACAAUUAUGUAUCCACUUCAUUUCUACAAACGUUACAUGAUAAAAGAAGGUUAUUCUUUCAAUGAUUGUUUUGAGGGUAAAAGUAACGGUAAUCACAGCAGACUAUGUGCUUACCCACAAUUACAGAUGACGGAAAUUCAUGCUCUGCAUCAUGUACUUGAGCAAAUGGUCUAAUUACUUAACUUUCCUCUUGUUUAAGGAACAAUUUAUACACCCACAGGGAAUUUGACUAUAGUUCCUUAUGAUGAUGAAUGAUUUCAAAAUUUUUGUUUCUCUCCAAUUUCUCCUCUUCAAUUUCUCUGAGGGUGCUUGCUUUUUCUGCAUAACUGUUCCAUUUUUAUCAACUUUUUCCCUUAAAAGUUUACAGCAUAUUUUAAAUUUGAAAUCUUCAUUUCUUUGGCGUGGGUUCUAUCUCAAUGCUUUUGUAUUUUUCUAACUUAUCUUCAUCAUAGAUAGGUUUGGGUUCCCCUUUUACAGAGUGGAAGUUCAAUAUGAUGGAGGUUACUUCCUACAAAUUGAUUUCUUUUCUUUACUGAACCAAAAAGAGGAAAGAAGGAAGUUUUAUUUUAAUCUUGGUUUGCUUACUAAUUUCAUGACUGGAGUGAAAGGCCUUAUUCUUCUGCUGUUACAGUGGCUUUGUGAACUUUAUAGCCAUGCGUGGUUAAGUGAUGACCGUUCAUCCCUUACAUCUUCUGUGAGUUAUAAUUCAAUUCCAGGUGUAUGUCCUGAUGAGUAAUCCUGCAUCUAGUGCUUCCUCUACAAGUCCGAAUCUAAGGUGGACUCUUCUUCCGGAAUAUAACUUAUCUUUAGCUUUUAAGUGACUUGGUUAUGGGGCAUAGACAUGUAUUUGGCACAUCUCAAAUGUUUGAGAGUGAAAAUGAGCAGGGCAGGAAUCAUAUGCAUACAGAGCAACCGUAUGCAAAUCUAGUGAGGGCAAGCACUACAGAACAUGGUUCCUUCUUCUGUCCUGUAGAAAAUAUGUCUGUUGACACGGUGCAUUUUUCUUCUCAUUGGAAUCCAGUGCCUAGGUCAAGUGGUUAUGCUACCUCAAGCAACAAUGUUGAAGCUCCACACUAUCAACCUGACACUUCAGGCCCAUCUCAUGAUCUUUUUCUGCAUCCAUCACCACCUGGAGCAUUUGGUGUAGCCCCUGAGAACCACAUGCAUCAUGCAUCUUCUUCCAAUUAUGAUAUGCAGACUUUCCAUGGGAUUGAGGGUGGUUUUGUUGAUGUCUCAAUGGGUGGUGGAAGAGGACCUCAUAAACGAAAAAGCCCUGGAGUCCCUUCAGUCUGUGAGAGGGGUGGUUCAAGCAGAUAUGUUGGUGCUGGAUGUUCAUCUGAUCUUCCUCUAUCUUCUGACAUUUGGCAAGAGAAACCUAACAUAGAUCCUCAACAAAUGCAUUGGGAUCAUGUUGCCAUGCCCCCCAGUUAUAGAGGCAAUGAACUCUCAAUUAGGGGUGAGGAUUCUAUGAGGAGUGUGAGAAGCCGUCCAGCUCUUGAUCUUGAAUCCACCCUAGUUAGAACCCAUUUAUCAAGCAAUCCUUCUCACAUUUCCUACUCUACAAGCCAACCAGUUGGCCAUUCUAGUUCAGUGGAUCUCUCAGGCUGGAGCUCUAAUGCUUUAUCAAGGGAGUGGGGCCAUUUGAGAAUGUCUCCUAGUCAUGGAAGGACUCAAGCUUCAGAUUCAAGUGUUUUUAAUCAUGAGACAAAUCACUCUCUUGGUAGUAGCAGUGCUACAAAUGCUUCCGUAGAGGUUGGGGGACUUCAGCAUGAUUUUAUUUCUGGUAGAAAUCCUGUUCUUCCUCAGAGUUUCCAUGGCAACUCAGCACAAUCUGUAAGGGGUGUUCGUACAAACUAUUCUCAGAGAUCUAGCCCAACUUUCAGGGCUUCUUCCAGUCGUGUGCGCUUUGGACAUGCGGCAUCAUCAGAUGGGGGGAUGCAGGUGGUUGCUGAAAGUUAUUCCUCCAGACAGCAUCAGCCAUUGUCGGCUAUAACAUGGCGCAAUAAUGAGCGGAAUGGGAGGUCAAGGAUAUCUAAUGAUAGAUAUCUAUCUCUAGCUGAUGAUGCAGUUUUACAUGAUCGAUUUUCAUCCGAGGGUUUUAUGAUUGCGGACCGCUCAGCCUUUUAUGGAUCUAGAAAUAUGUUUGAUCAGCAUAGAGAUAUGAGGUUAGACAUAGACAACUUGACUUACGAGGAACUGCUUGCACUUGGGGAAAGGAUUGGGAAUGUUAACACAGGCUUGUCUGAAGACUUGAUAUCUAAGUGCUUGACCAAAACAAUUUACUGCUCUUCAGAUCAUUUCCAGGAUGAAAGCUCUUGUGUAAUUUGCCUGGAAGAGUACAAGGACAUGGAUAGAGUUGGGGCAUUAAAGACUUGUGGUCAUGAUUACCAUGUUCCCUGUAUCAAGAAGUGGUUGUCAAUGAAGAAAACUUGUCCGAUCUGCAAAGCUUCGGCUCUCGCUGACGAUAUGACGGAGAAAUAAUGACUUUUUAUUGUGGUUUAUCAUUUAUCAUUUAUCAUUCUUGUAAAUAUAUUUAGAUACUUGCUCAAACAAAAUCAAACAUUGUUUUUAAGAAAUUUGUAAAAGAAGGGGAAAUGUUGUUAGAUUAA